AUGAGUUCUUCCAACAGCGACGUCCCAGCUCGAAAUAGCAGAGCCACUCGCUCUUCUUUGGCGUGUCUGCCAUGUCGCGCACGCCACCUCAAAUGCGAUGGCAAGAAACCAGAAUGCACUCGAUGUGCUGAAGCUACUAGGGAGUGCCUCUACGCCCGCUCUCGCAGAGGUGGUCUGGAUCGCGCGGCAUUGGCAGAACGGCGCCAACGACUCGCCGCGGCGGAGGGUCUACCGUCUCUGGGCAGCGUUGAGCCAGCUCCAGUAAAAAUCCCACAGCCCCAGGCCCCGGCCGGGCAGAAUUCGGAGCCUCUGCUGUUGUCGCCUGGUUUCACAAUCCCUGAUGAUCCUAGCAUAUUAGGCGGAUUUGGUCUUGAUGAGGGCUUCUCUCGCCAAACACCGCCAACAACACCCCAGGUUCAAGUCCAGGACAUCGAGAAUGAUGCUCUCGUCAACCUAUACUACAAGGACUUCCACAGGUUUCAUCCUUUCAUCCUCCCUAAAAGACACUUGAUCAAGCUUUGCCAAGACCCGGGCAGAGAGGCCAGUUUCAAGCCGUUGGUCGCUGUCGUGCGGUUCAUCGGCCACAUUUAUGACUCCAAGCAGUGGUCCGCCUCGUUCAAAGACUUUGUCGAACUCUGUUUCUUACAAGCAUCACCAAACGACCCGGUCAUGGUACAAUGCCGCCUCUUGUACUCAAUAGCGCUUUUCUGGCAUGGAUACAAAGAAGACUCAAAACGGGAAAUGGAUGCUGCCAUUCAACUUACCCUACGACUUGGAAUGCCCCGUCAAGAGUUUGCCACAGAGAAUGGAUGUCAGGACCCAGUGUUGGUAGAAUGUUGGAGACGGACGUGGUGGAUGCUGUUCAUCGUGGAUGCCUUUUACGCGGGCACAUUGGGCGCCAUGAAUUUUGCGACGCUAGAUGUUGAGGCUACUGUUGAACUGCCUUGUGAAGAGUCCGAGUACGAAUCAGGGGAGAUCCCCGAACCCAAGACCUUGGAAGAGUUCGAGUGUCGUGAGUUCGCUUCCGACGACACGUCAUUCUCUUCUUUCGCGUAUCUCAUUGGCGCCGUACGAUGUGCAGCAUUGGCAAUCUCGAUAGCACCAAAAGUUGCUGUCAAGGAAGCCUCAACACAGGUCAUUGAGGCUGCCGACUCUGUGGUUGAUGCAUGGCUUCUUCUACUGCCCAAAGAUGACAAGCAAGUCAUUUCCAAGACAGGCCUCAUUGAUGAGCUCAUGUUCCAAGCGCAUCUGGUGAUCCAUGUUGCAACUAUCGGCCUACACAGACCUCUAUCAGACCUCAGAUUCAACGCCAUCGAGAGUGUCUCGAGCUGUGCCCGGGAUCCUCCUGCCGAUUCCCCCACACCGGAUCUAAUCAACGUACACACAAUACGUGUCCUGAGAUCAGUAGAAGCUCAGAUUCGUCUCCUCGCAUUGCCGGCUCGACCCUUCAACCACACACCAUUCAUCACCUGCAUGGUGAGCGAAGGCACGUUGGCCCUACUCUCAGCAUGUAAUUUCCUACACAAGGGAAAGGAGCUGGCAAUAGCAAGAGAUCAGAUCCGCAUGACCAUUGGGUGUUUGAAAGCAUUGGGAGAGGUAUGGCCCAGAACAGCUAGGAAUGUGCGGGAGAUUCAGAUGAUUGCACGGCAUGUGCUUGGGCUAGGGCCAAAAAGUACAAAGGGCAACACUCCUCAGUCAACUGGAGUACCGAGUCUCUCUGGCGGCGAGGGGCAGGAGAUACCUGGCUCCGAAGGCGGACAGCUGAGCAGUGAUGAUGAUAUUCUGGCGUCUCUUGCGAAUAUGGAUACAGUAUGUGGAUGGUAUAGUUCCAGUGAUUUCGCCACAGAUAUAUCAUGGUGGACAGGGCAGUAA